GGCCAUUUGCUUAUGGUCAGGAUCUUUUCCCAGAGCUUCCUGACCAUUGCCUGUUGCAUUAGUUAAAUCCUGUUCUGACUUUCACUUGUAGUUCUCCGCCACAGCAAGUCCUAAAACAUACUGCGCAUUCCCGCUUAGACGAAUAAAAAUCCCGGGACAACAGCUGCCAUUAGAUUGUGAAGAAUUAGACUGUUUCAUUGUCAGAAACUCAUUUCGUUAAGUCAUCUAUUUUUUCUUCGGUAAUAUUAGCAGCAGAUGAGGUCAGCCUCAGUCACGGCCGCACUCUCUCUUUCUUGAGGUGCGACAGACGUGGAAGGAUGCCCUGACUCUAUCGACAACAACACUUUGCAUACAGAUUUCCAUAUAUUCCAUUCUUGCUGGGUGGGGGUCAUUUAGAUUUGUUCAGUCACUUGACUCCCUCAUCUCCAAACAAUCACAGCCCCAUCUUCAGCCUGGCAGGAUCUUAUCUCUGUCUCCCUUUGUAGAGGACGAGGAGAUGGCGAUAAAGUGAGUUACUGCAUAUUUGAUUAUUGGGCCUUUACCAUUUUCAGCAGGCAACAACUUACCGCAGCCAUGUGGAAAAUAUCAAGGACGUUUUCGUUCACUGGUAGAUUGUGUUGCUUUCCCAAGGAUCCGCUGGAGGAUGUUGAGACUUGGAGCGAGUCUGUGGACAAAGUGCUUGGUUGCAAAGCCGGACAGGUAGCGUUCCGGGAGUUCCUGAAGUCUGAGUACAGCGAGGAGAACAUACUGUUUUGGCUCGCCUGUGAGGAGUACAAAAAAAUCAAGACGGUGCCAGAAAUGAUCUCCUCUGCCAACAGGAUCUACUCCGAGUUCGUCCAAACAGAGGCACCCAGGCAGAUCAACAUAGACUGCACUACCAGAGAAAACAUCACAAAGAACAUCUCUCAGCCGACCCUGACUUCGUUCGAUACAGCGCAGAAGCUCAUCUACAGUCUGAUGGCCAGGGAUUGCUACCCACGGUUCCUAAAAUCGGACAUCUAUCAGGGACUCCUGAGGAGAACCGAGUCAAGGUGACUGUAUUAAAACUGACAGCCUCUCAGACGGGCUUGUGAAAUCGUCUGUUCAACCCUGAUCUGCUGUAGCACUCUUUGAUUUCGGUGUGGAUAACGGGUUUAUGCCAUACAAUCCAGGCCAUAAGUAUAGCAGAUGUAGUUUUUUCUCAACCUGUGUGAUUCAGUAGAAAGUUACAGCUUGGGGGGAAUUUGCAGCUUGUAUUAUACUUCAUCUCUUCCAUUAUGUUUAGGUUCAAAUAAAUUGAGAUUGUGCACAGCCCUUCUACGAUGAUUAUCAAGUUUCUAUCACCUACCGUAUAUGGUGAAUAAUAAAUAAGAUCCCUUUGUUGUGAAGUAUUAUCAACACUUGAACUUUCAAUGAACUUUCAAUCAUCCAAUUGAUCAUAGAAAUUCACCUUGCAUGUGCAAAUAAAAAUGGUUAGUUUUCUGGCUUA